GUCCUUUUCCGGCUUGAGGUCGGAUUUCUGUGGCUGCCGAGGUUAAGCGGAAGUGGUGAUGUGUAGGGGAUGGGGGGCGAGUUGCGGCACGGGUGGUCGGCGGGCGAGGCGCGAAGCUGGCGGUGCUGGGCUGGAGGUCAAGGAUGCAUUCCAAGAAAGUUCUAAAAAUAUAUCACCAGCUCCAACCUUAUAGUUGACCUAGCCAUGGAAAAGCUCAUUGGAACCUCACGAGAGCAGACCAUCCUGGCAUUCUUAAAAAACCCUUCCCAUCAAAAGUAUCACGAAUGAAAAUCUGAGAUAUAUACUUACCACUUCAAGAAAGUUCCUGUAUCAGCCAACAGUUUAGCAGAUCAGGUAGUUUCUUUGAGCAUCAAGCAGACAUAGUCAAGCUACUGACACAAAAGAGGAAAACAUCUCUGUCAGUGUUUUUCACGUUCUGCGUGUGACCCGUUGAGUAGGUCAUGAAAUCAAUUUUGUGAGUCACGACGAGCCGUUUUUAAAAACAAAAUAUAAGAUAGCAGAGUGCUUUGCAUGAAUCCUUUGCCAGAAUUACACACCUUGCAAGGAAUACUAAGAUCAGUUUCAAUAUGUGAAAAGAGAUUUGAUGGAGGGGAUGUGAUGAAUAGAAUGUGCAUUGAUUGCCUGAGAAACGAUUUUUCAGUCAUUUGUCUACUGAUGUCUUACUUGGUUUUCAUAGUAACGAGGUUGAUGUGCAGUCUAGUUGUAUAUUACCAUGACUUGCAACUGGAUAUAAAGUCUGAGAUGUUCCACAGAGAUUCAGUUGCAAACUGCAUUUUUGGAAAGAUGUUAUCUAGGCUAUAAGUAUAUAUAUAUAUAUAUAUAUUAGUGGCAAUUAUAGUUAGAGGCAAUUAUAACAUUUUAUUCAAAGCUACUUUUAAAAUGGAUCACUUUUUUAAGAGAAAGAGGAAUAAUGAAGCGAAAUAUGCAGAAGCAUGUUCAAGUUCUACUGUUGGAUCUGAAAGUGUGAGUAGUGACAAUAUUGAGAAAAGUAUUGACUCUAAGCUGCAAACAUCAGCUUCGUUUGAGCUACAUUUCAAAAAGAAAAAAGUAACUACAAGACGUUAUAAUGAAGAUUAUUUAAAAUAUGGUUUUAUCAAAUGUGAAAAACCCUUUGAAAAUGACAGACCUCAGUGUGUUAUUUGUAAUAACAUCCUUGCAAAUGAAAGCUUAAAACCUUCAAAAUUAAAAAGGCACUUAGAAACACAACAUGUUGAACUUAUUGAUAAGCCUCUUGAAUAUUUUCAGAGAAAGAAAAAAGAUGUGAAGUCAUCAACACAAUUUCUUAGCUGCUCCACUACUGUUAGUGAGAAAGCCUUAUUAUCAUCAUAUUUAGUUGCAUAUCGUGUGGCAAAAGAGAAAAUGGUUCACACAGCUGCUGAAAAAAUUAUUCUUCCAGCAUGUUUGGAUAUGGUGCGUACAAUUUUUGAUGAUAAAUCUGCUGAUAAAUUAAAAACUAUUCCUAGUGAUAACACAAUAUCUCUUCGAAUUUGUACCAUUGCCGAACACUUAGAGGCAAUGCUUAUUACUCGGUUACAGGUAGGAAUAGAUUUUGCAAUCCAGCUUGAUGAAAGCACUGAUACUGGAAGCUGCACAGCACUUUUAGUCUAUGUCAGAUAUGUGUGGCAGGGCGAUUUUAUGGAGGAUUUCUUGUGUUGUUUAAACUUAACCUCACACCUAAGUGGAUUAGAUAUUUUCACAGAAUUAGAAAAAUGCAUUGUCGGUCAGUAUAAAUUAAACUGGAAAAACUGCAAAGGAAUUACAAGUGACGGAACAGCAGACAUAACUGGGAAACAGAGCGGAGUAAUUAAAAAAUUGCUAGAAGUUACUAGUGCUAGGUGGAAUCAUUGUUUUAUACAUCGUGAAGCAUUAGCAUCCAGAGAGAUGCCACAGAAUCUCACGGAAGUAUUGAAAAAUGCAGUGAAAGUUGUUAAUUUUAUUAAAGGAAGCUCACUAAGUAGCCGACUCCUUGAAACAUUUUGUUUGGAGAUUGGAGCUAAUUACACUCACUUACUGUACCAUACCAAAGUUCGUUGGUUGUCUCAAGGGAAGAUACUCAGCAGGGUCUAUGAACUCAGGAAUGAGAUCCAUAUUUUCCUCAUUGAAAGGAAAUCUCAUUUGGCAACUGUUUUUGAGGAUGAUAUUUGGGUAACAAAACUGGCAUAUUUAACUGAUAUUUUUGGCAUCCUUAAUGAACUAAGUUUAAAACUACAAGGGAAAAACAGUGAUAUAUUCCAACAUGUCGAACGUAUCCAAGGAUUCCGAAAGACAUUACUGUUGUGGCAGGCGAGGCUUAAAAGCAACCGUCCUAGCUACUACAUGUUUCCAAGAUUUUUGCAGCACAUUGAAGAGAAUGUUAUUAAUGAAAACAUUUUGGAAGAAAUAAAACUAGAGAUAUUGUUGCAUCUCACUUCUCUGUCUCAAACUUUUAACCACUUAUUCCCGGAAGAGAAAUUUGAAACAUUAAGACAAAAUUGUUGGGUAAAAGUUCCAUUUGCUUUUCGAAACCCAGAAUCAAUAGUUGAGUUAAACUUGGUGCCUGAAGAAGAAAAUGAGUUAUUGCAGCUCAGUUCUUCAUAUACAUUGAAGAACGAUUACGAAACGUUAAGCUUAUCAGCAUUUUGGAUUAAGAUGAAGGAAGACUUUCCUUUGAUAAGUCGAAAGAGUAUACUGCUAUUAUUACCAUUCACAACGACUAGUUUGUGUGAAUUAGGGUUUUCAGUCUUAACCCAUUUAAAAACAAAGGAAAGGAAUGGGUUAAACGGUGUCGCAGAUAUGCGAGUGGCAUUAUCCUCCUGUAUUCCAGACUGGAAUGAACUUAUGAACAGGCAAGCACACCCACCACGUUAAAUAGGUCUUUUUUUUUUUUUUAAACUGGAUAUAGUUGCUUUACAAUGUCGUGUAAAUAAAUCUUACCUGGUUUUUGCUUUUGCAUUUCUUUGUGAUACUUGUAUGUGUUGUAUUUAAAUAUUAAUGUAGCAUUGUAUGUGAUAACUUUAUGUUUUUAUCUUUGUUGUAUUUAAAUACUAAUAAAAUCAUAA